AUUCUCUGGUGCAAAAAAUGAAGCAAGACAUGGAUAUGUCUACAGAAUACGAGCGAAAAGAAUCACCGCGAAUGAAGCAAUUUCACGAAAAACUCAAGUUGCAGCCGAUACCAAAAAUAGGACCACGAGAGCGAUUUGUUGAUCUAAUGUUAGUGGAAGUUGACUCCAAAACCGGGGAACUAAUAGCAGACAGCGAAAAGGAACCUACUAAAUGGGGAGAUUGGCAACAUGGUGGUAGAGUCACUGAUUUUUGAAAUGAAGACGUUGUAUGCUUAUUAUAGACCUUCACAUGAUGCACGUGUAAAGCACAAAGAAGAACUUUGUAUGUGUGUGACUCAACAUCUUUGUUAAUUCUAUACUCCAUAGGAAACGGACUGAAUUUUCUCGGGUAGUCAAUACUAGGCGAAACGAUGUAAAUUAAAAUUAUUUGUCGUAUAGCGAAAUACAGAAUGGAUAACGCCGCAUAUGUAAUGUAGAAAAACAUUUACAUUGUAUGUUUCGGAACAAAAAUUUUAUCUCACGGUGAAUAAAUUAUACUAUACGCAAGAAUGACUUCUUGUCUUCUCGAGCAAUAACAUUGAGGAGAGUUAGUUUUUGCAAAUAACUACAAAUUUAUUAAUGUGUUUGGCAUUAAUUCCACAAAAGAAUUUGGAAAGUCUAGCUCUCUCGCUAUGUUAGUCUACACAAAAAGCUUACAUUAUACAGAUCAUUGGUAUGUUACAUGUAUAAAAAUAUGCAAUAUACUAAAACUCUGCCAGAUACAGUAGCAGCGAAAUUUUUAUUUAGCCAAAACAUAAUAAGUUUCUAGUACUAACACUAAGCCGUUCGUGUAGAAAAAAAGCAGAGCUAACACUACAAACAUAUCAUAGCAAGAGGAUGUAUGUACACCAUUAUUACUAUAGUAAAAAUUUCACUUUGUAUUUGUAACGUUUUGAAAAUUUCUCUGACGAUGUCGAAAAUUCUUAAUAAAAUAAUCUACGAGAUAUUACACGAGAUGCGUGUAUAGAAGAUACACUAUAGGAUUCCAUUCGUUUUUAGCUAUUGCGACAAUAGCAAACAGAUCGUUUGAUUAAUCUCGUUAUCCGUCUUCGAUAUCCUCUGAGAAUAUUAGAGCAGUAUUGAUAAAAUAAAGUGACGUGUUUAUCGCA